AUGCCAGAAGCUGCAAGCGGUCAAGAGCUUGUGAAAGAGCUGGACGAGAUUCUUGAUUCGGCCACUCCCCAACAUAGCCAACCAGACGGUCAGAUCCUUGUCGCCCAACAGUUGCAGGACCUUGCUGUUAAGGCUGCCGAGAGCGACUUUGAACAAGAUGAGCUGGUGGAUUUCCUUGGCAAGCUGACAAGUAUCAUUGCGCCGACUGACCACACCAGCGCCAAGCUUCAGCUGAAAAUAUCGGCUCAUGUGAUGAAUGCCGUUGUGGAAAAAGUCUUUAACAAUGCUACUGAUGCCAAAGAUGGCAAUGGAACUGAUGCCACUAACGUAUUGUCCCUCAUGGUAAAGGAAGAAUGUGGCCUGUCAAUCAUUCCUCUGUGCUUUUUGAUCCGCUGCAGAACACGGUGUACGAAGAUAUCAGUACACUCGCCAGGUAAGGGGUACGACACACCUUCACACUGGAACGUACGUACGUGUGUGUCGUCUGUGUGUGUGUGUAGGGAUUACUCAUUAGAAUACGAGCAUACAGACGGUAACUUUUCGAUCAAAUGCAUGGUUCUGAAAGAGGACAACAAGACGAGCGGCAUCAAGAGGGUGAGGCAUGGAAUGAGUAAGGCACAGACUGAAACACACUCAGACGAUUGUACCCAGACAAUGACUUUGCGAUAUGGGCUUUUGUCUGUAGAGACGCGUCUUCCUGUCUCCUCCAAGCUUGACUCAUGCUACCCAUGCCAUAAUAAUGGAGCUCCCCACAAACCCGUAUUCGGCGAAACACACCCCUGCAGACGCCUUGGUUCUCGAUACAGCCAUCACCGUGGACCUGUGGAGAAACAAGACCAAACUACACGACUUGGGCAACGCCUCGGUGGUGUUGACAUUUCCUUGCGGAAACUCGACUGCUCAAGUUAGGAGAGGACAACCAUUCUGCAUGCAGUGGGAUGAACAAGCCGAGCAGUACGUCGAUGCUCAUUGCGACGCGUCGGCGGCUAAUGAAUCGAUUGAGGUCCGUUCUGCACCUGCAUUGACAAACAAAAUAGCGGACACCUUCGCGUUCUGUUUCUGCCAGUGUUCGUGUAGUCAUCUUUCGACCUUCGCAGCUGCAAUAUUUGUGCCUGUGCCUACCCAGAGGCCAAGCGGCGCUUCGAAUCCAUCGAUUAUCUUCGACCCGGCAGCUCUGCUGGCUAUGCUCAAGGCGGGUACGCUGGGCCAAAGAGUAUAUGUACACUUGUAUACAUUCAUGCAUCGACCGCUUAUGUCGACAGGCAACAUCGGCCUCUUGUUCGUCGCCCUUUCCUGCGCCUUUCUAAUUGUCCCUGUUAUGGCGCUGCUGCUGCGGGUGAAUAACUAGUUUAGAUGUGUCUGGGGAUACACAAUUAUAUGUACACAUAUGUCUCUUCGCAUAUGCGCAUACAGGAUCGAAAUGAUUGGCUGCCGACGAAGGAUCGACAUCCAUUCUUUUUCCAUGACACCUUCGAGAGGAGGAAAAACUUCUCAAGUGGUAUCUGUGUUCUGAUGCCUGAAGUCAGAUUUCUGGUAAGUACGUGUCGACGUGCACUGGGCACAGAGAACACAAACAAAGCAGCUGCUUAUAUGGUUGUCGUGGCAGGGGUGCUGCAGCAUCGGUCCUCUCUACCUGACAACAUCGCGACUCGUCAUCCUACCCUUGCUGCCGCUCUUCCUUCUGUGCAACAUUCUUUGGCCAGUAAGAGCACGAAAGAAGCAAUCGGACUCAGGGGACCAUCCGUCGGCGAUCAAAGAUGCUCUGGUGGCCAUCCGAGAGUCGCGAAGGAAAGGCGGACAUGAGAAAGCAGAUGUUUUCACUUUGGCGGUCCUGAAGGAGAUUGAGCAGCAAAGGCACAGCAAGACUGCCGUGCGGCUGUCUCGAGCCACCGUGGGGACCAAGAGACACCAGCGGCUGUCCAACAAGCAGAAGAGAGAGGAGCACCGGUUGGAGCAGCUCGAUGUUCUUCUCAUGCCGAGCCAGAUAUCCAUCGACCACGCACAAAAAUCGGAAAAGAUGAAGACAAACACCCCACCGCAGGCAAGACGGCAUUCGCGGCAGGAAGCGAGGAAACCAGAGAUAGAAGAUAUCCAACUUCCCCACCAGAGCGACAUUUCGGUGCCCCCGCCCGCGGCUGUGAGUGUGUUUGUGUUGAGAGAGGAGACACAGGAGCCCUUCUACAUGUGGACGUUGGAGCACGUAAUCUUCCUCCAUCCCGCGAGCCACUUUACAGACAGGAAGGUGGGCGAAGCAGACGAGCAUACAACAUGAGUCUGCUAUGGCUUUUCUCUAUGCUGUGUUUGGUCAGUGGCGUCACUUGAUCGACACCAAUGGAGUGAGCCAUAGCCGCUGAUCAUCAUUGCCUGUUCAAUCUUGCCUUUCAUGCUUGCUUGCUUUUGCAGCCACUCAAGGCGAUAGAGCUCGACGACAUUCACACAAUCGAGCAGGAUCAACAUGCGGUGUCACUGUACGACCGAGACCACACCCUGCUGCUGUCCCUCCAGCCGACCAACAACGACAGAGACCUGCUGAUGGGCCGAGCCAGCGAGGAUCAAACAUCUAACAUCUUAGCUAGCUGCUCGAUGGCUCCGCCAGAACCGUUUCAAGAGACAUCUGUCAAGCAGGACAGCCUCUUGAUCCCACUUGCCUCCCAAAGUGAUGAGCAGCUGAAGCCGUCGGUGUUCUCCUCCACUCCACCCUCCGUCCAUGAGAUGACCGAAGCGCAGCAGGACCCGCACGUAACGUUGGUCCCCAGCGGCGGAGCAGCGGUGGCCCAAGUCAUCCGUGCGGCGAAAGAGGCGAGGAAAAUCCUGUUAGAGAGCUAUGCGGGAGAAGCUGAGGCUGAGGAAAAAGCAGCAAGCGCCUUCUCUCUUGAUGGCCCAGUGGUGUGUUCGGCCUGCUUCUGCAUGGUCAAUGAUCAAUGCGCACACAUCUGGUGGACUCAUGACGGAUUGGUAAGCCCAACUGGUCCUCCAAUAUGCGGAGACAGGCACGAUUCUUUUGGUUCAGGUGCUCAAUGUGGCCUCGGACGAUUCAGACCUGACCCACGGCUACUUCGUGGAGGACAUGUCAGAACCGACACUUGAGGAGACGGCCGUCUUCCUCGGCACCAUGAGAGUAAGGGCGUAUAUGCUGAAACGAGAUCCGUGUUUUCUGCUCUCUCUGUCUCACCAGCUGACAUUCACCGAUCCCCUCACUGCCGAGUCCUUUAGCCGCGUCAUCGCCUACCUGAAGUCCCAACAAAUAUCAGAUGGCCAGGAGGGGGCGCUGCAGAAACAGAUACGUGAUACCAUCAGGAGCUUCUACACGGGCACCGAGUCGCAGCGGCCCUCUGUGGCCUCUGACGGUGGCAAGACCAACACGCCACUGGUGAUGACGCAAAGAGAGACAGUAUUGGGGAGACGUGAAAGCAGUGCUGUGCCUUCUGUCAGGCAAAGGCCGCUGCUGAUCGAUUACAAUACCAGCGGUGGAGAAAUAGGAAGAUUCUCACGCAAGUUGCGAAGAGGGAUCAUCCCCUGCUAUCCUCGUGAGCGGACGACAAGAAGCGUGUCUGCAAUGUGUCUCUUGCCUGUUGCAGGCUUACAUACAACCCCUUUUCCACUCGUGCUCAGCGCUUUGGGGCGUUGGAAGCAUCUUUGAUAGGCAUGAUCACCAUCUCUUCCCUCUUCUUCUGGUCCAAUUGCGCCACCGUCCAUAUUAUCGGACACCAGAUUGACCCGUAUGUCGACUCGAGCUUCCUCCACUUGUCCCGCGCGUGUAACUCUCCCACAGUGAAGCAUCUGCCGUCCGCUGCCACGGUGACUGUGUCGGUGUUGUCCUUUGUCAUCGCCUCCGCUGUCGGCUUCGUCAUCUAUGCGCUCUUCGAGAGAUUUGUGAUUGAAGUGAGGAAAGAACGGAGAAAGAGAGAUACGUGUGUGCUCGCGUAUGUCUCGGUUCUCUUGCAGGAUGAGAUGUCUGCUGCAGAGAAGGAAAUGCAGAUUCACCUUUGGAGGGUGAUGGACUUGAUUGGCUGGGCGCUCUGGACAUCGUGGAAUGUCGCGUGUGUUGGAUGGAAUGUCCUGUUUAUUUCGGUAAGCAAACCGAUAAGGCGCUAUCUAUGUCAUGUCGUGAGUGUGCCCGCCUUAUGCAAAUGGAUACAUACCGGCUAUCAUGUGCAAACUGCGUGCACAGCCCAGUGAACCCUCCUCUCUCUCUUUCUAUGUAUGUGUUGCAGAACCAGCAAGAUGUGUUGAUCGGUCAGUGGAUGUGGGCCUCACUUCUUGGUGGCGCUUACCGGUCAGUCAGUCAGCAGCCCGCACACGAGGUGUAUGUGUCAACACGGUAUUAUCCCCGCCUUUGUUGGUUGGAUGCAGUUUGCUCCUCUUCCCUUCCCUGAACAUUUUGUCGAUUUCUGUCGUCCUCAUCGUCUCCAAAUACACCCCUCUCUUCGACAGCAUAUUCAUCUACAUGCCCUCUGUCUCCAAUUUCCCUUAUAUCCCCCCGCAGCAACAACCCCAGAGCACAGUCCGGAGGAGGUCUCUGGUCAGUGACAAAAUCAGCGGGGCCAAGAAAAAGGACUCGUAUGCGGAAGAGGAGGUAGAGCGGUCAGCGAGUGAGUUGAGUUCGGAGGACGAGAACACGACCAAUCGAGGGAGAAGAGCGUCCAUCGGUCAGCUGCAGCGGCUCUCCGUCGGCUCUAUAGGCGAGAUAUGAAUGACACACACACACACUGUGCAGGCAGUAUACGCAUUUUUCGGUGAGUCAGUCGGUAGAGAGCAUAGACUCUUGUAGUCUGCCUGGACAAGUGUUCGGUUGUUCAAAAGCGUACAGAGAGGUAGCUGUUACUGUGUAUGGUAGGCAGUCCAGGGUGUGUCUCUGCCUCUGCAGCUGUGUGUGUGUCUAUCUGGCCAGAGUAGAGGUUUGUUUGUGGGAAAGUAGCGCCCAUGUUCGCUGGCGUGGCGUCUCGUACAGCACGCUCGCUGCAUGACUGCACGUGACGUGCAGAGCACGCCUGUGUGUAUCUGCCCAUGUGUACGUACGUGUCUCUCGCUGCACUCGUGUACGUACGUACGGACGUUGCCUCUCUAUGUAUGUGCGCAUAUGCAAUUUCUCUGCAAGAGUGACAAAAUCGCCCUUGUGCGUGCGACUAGCUACUGUCUGUACGGGGGAGGAGGUGCUUCGGGGGCUUGGUGUUUCAUAUAGG